AUGACCCAAUGGAGUGUCGAAGACAUAAUCCAAGAGGUGAAGCACCUGGAGGUCAUUCUUGAGAUGAGAAAGGAAAGCAAAGUGAAGGAUGCUAUGGUCAAGUGUUUGGUAGCAAAGCUCCAGACCAUUGAUUCAGUGCCACCUUCAACAUAUGUCAAAGUUAUGGAAUGCUUCAGUUCCUGUUCAUUGCCAGAAGAAAUCAAAGAGCAGCUGGCAGAUGCCUUGGAGGAGAAGAGUGCAGACACAAUGGAAGGACAUCUUCGACUACAAACAUGUCCCCAGUCCAUGAUCAAUGUGUUCAACUACCUGUCAAAGACAGAAUGGGAGAAGAUUCAAGAGCUUACCUUUGCUGAAGCCUGUUCUGUGCUGGUAGCUCGGUUGAGGAAAGCUGGCCUCAAGAGCAUGAAAGAAAAGACAAAGAAGCAUGCCACCUCCUUCCUGGUCUACCUCCAGGAGAAACAGGCGCAUCACUUGCCCACUGCUGGUGAAUUCUACAAGCUUGCAGAGACUGUCAGGGACACCUUUAAGGCUUCUCUGCAGGCACCUGCAGUUGGGAGCUACAACAAGUACCCCUUGACACCCCAAGAGCUUGGAGAGGACUGGUCUAUGGAGAUGACCUUCCUGCAAGGAUCCCACCAGAAGUUGCAGGUCGACCAAGGGCUUUGCAAGGGAUUGCUGACCAUUGUGGAAGGCCUUGGGGGCAUGCUUUUGAAGGCCAAAGAGAUGGAUGCCUGCAACAUUCAGAUGCUGCAGGGCCAGAAGUUGUCAAAUGCUGCCAGUUCAGACAGCCUGUGCCAAACUGACUCCCAAGAGAUCAGCCCAAGCACAAAGGCAUUGCCAGCCCCUGUUGCAAAGCCAGCAUUGGCCCUGACCAAUGGUGAUGAGCCUGGUACUACACCAACUACACCAGAGGUUGUGGGUGAGAAUGGCAAGAAAGUCAAUGACAGGCAACAACAGAAAGACCUGGAAGACUAUGAGCAAGAGGCUUUUGCCUUGUUGGAAGCUAG